AUGCUGCUGUCCGGCUUGGUGCUGGUGGCCGUUGUGUUUCAAGUUGCAGCUUCUCUGCUCAAUAACCGGACUGCAGAUUCCACGCUUGGAGAUCCACCUGCCCAUGAUAAGCAUCACCAUGGUGGGGAGCACCAGAGAAGAAGUGGCAUAGUGCAGAAUAUUGACCAGAUCUAUGCCGGGGGUGGGAAAGUGGGGUAUAUUCUCUAUGCAGAUGGAAAGAAGUUCAUCCUGGACUUGGAAAGAGAUGAUAUGCUCCUCUCCCCCCACUUCAGCACCAGGUACCUGGGACGUCUGCAUCCUCAGCAUCGCCUGCAUAAGCAUUGUUUCUACAGGGGGACAGUGGACUCCAGCCCCCAGUCCCUGGCUGUGUUUCACCUGUGUGGGGGACUGGAUGGUUAUUUUGCAGUAAAACACGCACAUUAUACCAUUAAACCUCUAAUCAAGGGGAAGGCAUGGGCAGGGCAGGUGUACAGAGAUGGAUCUGAAAGGGUUCUUCAUGUGUUUAUUAAGGACCGCUUCAGUUUUGAGACUUUACCUUCCAGAUCCAACUGUGAGACGCAUGGCUUUGGCAGAAAAACCCACAAGCAUGGAAAAGGAUCCAACAAGCAUCACAGAAAAGACCAGAAAACCCAAGAGAACUCACAGAAAACCAACCAGACAUCCUCACCCACAGAACCCAACCUUCAGGAAACAUUUUUGCAGAAAACCACAUUGAAGACACGCCAGAGGAGAUCCAUAUCUAAGUCAAGAUAUGUGGAACUCCUCUUGGUAGCUGAUGAGUCCAUGGCCAAGAAGUACGGAAAGGAACUCCACUAUUAUCUGUUGACUUUGGCAUCUAUCGCUUCCAAGCAUUACAGCCAUCCAAGUAUUGAAAACCACAUCCGCUUGGCAGUGGUGAAGGUGGUGAUGGUGACUGACAAAGAGAAGGGUCCUGAGGUGAGCAAGAACGCAGCUACUACCUUGAGGAACUUCUGCAAGUGGCAACAUCAACACAACCAACUGGAUGACGAGCAUGAUCAUCAUUAUGAUGCUGCUAUCCUCUUCACCAGGGAGGAUUUAUGCGGGAAUCAUUCAUGUGAUACCCUGGGAAUGGCAGACGUUGGAACCAUAUGCUCUCCCGAACGCAGCUGUGCAGUAAUUGAGGAUGACGGCCUCCAUGCAGCUUUCACUGUCGCUCACGAAAUUGGACACCUACUUGGACUUUCUCAUGAUGAUUCUAACUUCUGCAAAGAAAAUUUCGGUUCUCCCGAAGACAAACGUCUCAUGUCGUCUGUCCUGACUAGCAUCGAUGCUUCUAAACCAUGGUCAAAAUGCACAUCUGCCACAAUCACAGACUUCUUGGAUGAUGGUCAUGGAAACUGCUUGUUAGAUCAGCCACGAAAUCAGAUUUUGGGGCCCGAGGAACUUCCUGGCCAGAGGUACGACGCUAUCCGCCAGUGCAAGCUUGCAUUCGGUCCUGCCUACACCGUGUGCCCCGGGAUGGAUGUUUGUUCUUGGCUAUGGUGUGCCGUUAUUCGCCAAGGUCAGAUGGUAUGUUUAACGAAGAAACUGCCUGCCGUGGAGGGAACACCAUGUGGAAAAGGAAGAAUAUGUCUUCAUGGCAAGUGUGUCGAUAAAGCCAAGAAGAAAUAUUACUCGGUUUCAAGUCAUGGAAACUGGGGCUCUUGGGGUCCCUGGGGACAAUGUUCCCGAACGUGCGGCGGAGGUGUCCAGUUUGCUUAUCGUCACUGUAACAACCCUGCUCCAAGAAACAGCGGAAGAUACUGCACAGGAAAGCGAGCUAUCCAUCGCUCGUGUAACGUUAACCCAUGUCCAGCUAACGCUAAAUCCUUCCGACAGCAGCAGUGUGAAGCAAGAAAUGGCUAUCAGUCUGAUGCAAAAGGCAUGAAGACAUUUGUUGAGUGGGUUCCUAAAUAUGCCGGUGUUCAGCCUGGAGAUGUAUGCAAGCUUAUAUGCCAAGCCAAAGGAACGGGAUAUUACAUCGUGUUUUCACAAAAGGUUACCGACGGCACUGAAUGUAGACCUUACAGUAACUCGGUCUGUGUAAGGGGGAAGUGUGUCCGCACUGGUUGUGACGGUAUCAUCGGCUCCAAGCUCCAGUUUGAUAAAUGCGGGGUUUGUGGAGGUGAUAAUUCCAGCUGCACAAAGGUUAUGGGCACUUUCACAACUAAAAGUAAAGGCUACACUGAUAUUGUCAAGAUUCCAGAGGGUGCCACUCAUAUCAAAGUGCGACAGUACAAGGCUAAAGAUCAGACCAGGUUUACAGCAUACUUGGCUCUGAAAAAGAAAACAGGAGACUAUAUCAUUAAUGGUAAAUACAUGAUAUCUACAUCCGAAACCAUCAUUGAAAUGGAUGGUUUUGUCGUAAACUACACUGGAUGGAGCCACGCUGAUGACAUGUUUCAUUCGAUGGGACAUUCUGCCACCAAGGAGGUUCUUAUAGCACAGAUUCUUGCAAUGGAUUCAAGUAAACCCAUUGAUGUGCGCUACAGCUUCUAUGUACCCGCAAAAGAAGUUCUCGCCACAAACAGCAUAAACAAUAUUAACAAUGUGGUACCAAAGAUAACGCAACCCCAGUGGGUGACGGGACCUUGGCUCUCCUGUUCUAGAACAUGUGACACUGGCUGGCAUACCAGGACUGUCCAGUGCCAAGAUGGACAUGGUAAGCUAGCUAAGGGCUGUCUGCUGUCUCAGAGACCAUCGGCAUUCAAGCAAUGCCUGCUGAAAAAGUGUUAACCAAAGGGUCCGCAAUGUCUUAAAUCACGCAGUACGAUAGUACUGAUCUACUGUUGAUCUGAUGUUGGUUAAGAUGUUGGAGUUCCACCGAAACAACUCAAGGGCUGUACAGUAUUUUGGGUUCCGAAGAAGACAUUCAUUGAGGUGAAUUGCGUGUCGCCCGCAAAAACUGUGCAACAAAGCCUAGAAACCAAGAGGAAUAUCACAACAAUCAUUGUAUUUGGAGGUUUCUGGGAUAUUUCAAGAUGUCCCUUUUGUGUCACCUACCUCUAGCAACGGACGCCUUGAGGAGCAUCUGUUAAUGUGUUCUUAUGGAUGGCAUGCAGUAGGUUAUACUUGUGGUGUUUUGUAAAUAUGUGUAAUUGGAUGUGUACAUUCUUUAUUUAUGCACAGUCAUUGACCAAAGUGUUUCUGCGGCUGCUCCAACCAUUUCCAUUUUGAUAAGCGGCUGUAGAUAUCUACUGGAAAUCAAGAGUUUGCACCUGUUUAUCGGUUAGUUUUACAGACGAAAAUAGCAUAUGGCAGCAGAUUUUUAUUAUAGAAAGUGUGCUGCCUUAAGACAUAUCCUCUUAACUUGCAACAACUUUGAAUAGGGGUGCAUAUAUAUAAUUCUAAGGGAAUCUAAAUUUUAAUUAGGUACUGUAAGCUCCCUGUUAUCAUUUUAGGUUUUUUUCUGUGUAUCUGUAUAUUCUUUUUGCGAUAAAGAAAGAGCAAACUGUCUGUAAAAGUGCUUGGGGUGCGCUGGUUACCAGUGUAUGUCAAGACCCCACGUGGAACAGAUCUAAUUUUUGUAUAAAUUAUCCAUUACUAGUAUUGGCGUUCAUAGUUCUGCAUUCUCAUAGGUUACUUAUGAGAUGCAGCACUUGCAGUGGCUGAAGAGUCUGCACGUCAAACGUUUCGGGUUCAGGAAUACAAAAUGUUUCCACAUAGAGAGCAAAUGUUAUGGUGUUAUUAUCUCGUUAUACACGUUAGCGUUUAUAUUCUCUCUCUUGUUCCAUAAUAUUCACAAAAUGAAAUUAAAAA